CACAUUUAGUCACUCUGCCGUAAGUUUACGUCCAACUCCAUUAAUUCGAGUGACUAAAUGGAGUUGGACGGAAACUAAUGGUAGAGUGACUAAAUAUGACAUGUUUCAGCAAUUCGAGUGAUCGGAGUCAGACGGAGGCUAACGAGAUAGUGACUAAAUGUAACUUGUUUUCGUAAUUCGAGUGACCCAAAUUGAUAUUAAAUUUUUCUAGUGACUAAACAUGACACGAUUUAAUAAUUUCAGUGAAUAAAUUUGACGUUUACACAAUUACGCUUAAAUAUAAAUAGAUGAUUAGUGGAGACAAAUACUAUAAUAAUCGAAGAGAGGAAAUAGGACUGGAUUGGACAUAUACAUGGGCCGAUUGGGGCGCAAUGGCCAAGAAAGAAGUAGCCACUUUUUGGUCCGCCUUUGUUUGACUCUCGACACAAACAGCAAACAUCCCUUUUACAUGCAGUGCUCUUCCCCACCACCUCGACUUCAUUUCCGCUUGAAUUCUUGGGAGAUGAAAAUGGGAAUCCUAAAAAGAUGAAUUUGAGUGUGUUUGACGAUUCUAUUGGUCGGGUAAUAAUCACUGAUACUGAUCAUUUAACUAGACAAUUUACCUUACUAUAUACAUCAUAGUGAGUUUGACAAUUUUAUGGGUCAGUCAGAUUAAUCCGAUCUGGUUUUAGUUUACUAACAAGACAUCUACCCUAUUAAUUAAAAAAUGAUUUAGGAUAUCUACGGGUAUUCAGUAUUCAUAAUGUAAUCCCUCAUAGUAAUUGAUGACAAUGAGCAGGGAUAGGCUGGAACUUUAAUAUACUCAUAUAUGCCCGCAUCAAGUGCAUGUCAGUUCGGUAAUAAUCAGGGAUACGGGUUUGGGUAGGUUGUCAUGAUUAUAUAUUAUUUGACUAAAAUAUUUAUUUUAAUUAUAAAUAGAGGUAAUAAGUAGAUUAAUUAAGUUCAAUUAGUUGGAAGACGAAGUCUUGCACUUAUUAAAAUAUUAUUGAGUGAAAUUAUGACUUAAAAUAGGAAUAAUAAAAUAUUAAGACAAAUUAAGAUAAAAUAGAUCUAGAACAUAACAAUGUGAUAGAAUAAAAAUAGUAUUCAUAUCCUGUCCCACAUUACUGUGGAUCGAAUAUAACCACUCUAGUACAUAUCAGAUCGGCAAUAUUGAACGAAUCCAAAUUACCAUCGCCACAUCAUAAUAUAUUGUAGAUUGUAUUAGGCAUUUAAAAAUUAAAACCAAAAUUACCAACAUGCUCCAAUGUUCAAAGACGAUCCACUAAUGGGGGAGAAAAUAAUUGAAAAUGGUGCGAAAAAUCCAACAGCUAAUUGCCUAAUGGGCCACUACUCAUCAACAACAACAACUCCAUCAACGACUUUCUCACGCCACCCAGCCCAAGCCCCACCACCCUCCCGCCCGUCGACUCCAUUUGCCGAUCUCUGCAACUCGCAGAAACCCACGAAUUUGGCCGGCUUGAUUUUCCGAUUGAAAAGGGCCGGCAGAAAUGGGGUGCGGGAACAUGUUCUUCACGGCGCUGAUAAGUUUCUCGGUAGCUCUAAUCACUUACAACAUUCUAAUCGCGGCCAAUGCCCCUCUCAAGCAGGACCUACCCGGUCCGUCCACGCUUUCCUCCAUUGAUCCAAUCAUACGGAUGCCAAAGGACAGAUCGAGGAAGUUCGGUGCUUCCUCUUCCACCACCCAGAAGCGUCUCUUCCACACCGCCGUGACCGCCUCCGAUUCCGUCUACAACACCUGGCAGUGCCGGGUGAUGUACUACUGGUUCAAGAAGUUCCGGGAUGGACCCAACUCCGAUAUGGGCGGCUUUACCAGGAUUCUUCACUCCGGUAAGCCCGAUGAGUUCAUGGAUGAGAUCCCCACUUUCGUUGCCCAGCCGCUUCCUUCUGGCAUGGAUCAGGGUUAUAUAGUACUCAACAGACCAUGGGCAUUCGUACAAUGGCUUGAAAAGGCGGACAUCAAAGAAGACUAUAUAUUGAUGGCAGAGCCUGAUCACGUUAUUGUGAAACCCAUACCGAAUUUGAGCAGAGAUGGACUUGGAGCUGCAUUUCCUUUCUUCUAUAUCGAGCCUAAGAAGUAUGAAACAGUAUUGCGGAAGUACUUCCCUGAGGAAAAAGGACCAGUUACUAAUAUUGAUCCUAUAGGGAAUUCCCCUGUCAUCAUAGGAAAGGAAUCUCUCAAGAAGAUAGCUCCCACUUGGAUGAAUGUAUCUUUGUCAAUGAAAAAGGAUCCUGAAACCGAUAAAGCCUUUGGCUGGGUGCUUGAAAUGUAUGCUUAUGCUGUUUCAUCUGCUUUACAUGGAGUUGGCAAUAUCUUGUACAAGGACUUCAUGCUUCAGCCUCCAUGGGAUACAGAAAUUGGUAUGAAGUUCAUAAUCCAUUAUACUUAUGGAUGUGACUAUGACAUGCAGGGCAAGUUAACUUAUGGCAAAAUUGGUGAAUGGAGGUUUGACAAAAGGUCAUAUACCACUGUUCCUCCUCCAAGAAACCUUCCCAUGCCUCCCCCUGGUGUUCCAGAAAGUGUGGUGACGCUGGUGAAAAUGGUGAAUGAAGCUACAGCAAACAUUCCAAACUGGGAUUCCUAGGUCGGGAAAGGCCACUUUGAAGAAGGUCCAUUCGAUUCUCUGAAAGUAAAAAGGAGCGCCUUUACCGCUUGCAGAUUCACCCGAGGAUGGUGGUAAUUUCAUGUGCGCCUCUGUACAUCCUUGUUCUGUUUCGAUUUCCACCUCAUUCAAUCUCGCAGCCUUUAGACUUAAGGGUAGCUAUAUGGUUUGAUCACUUGAGAUCUCUCAUUACAUUAUGUCACCGGCAGAAUCUUUCAUCUCGAGUCAAAAACACUAUAGUGAUGUAUGAUCAAUAGGGAUUCAGAAAACUCUGUUUGCUGAUUGAUAUGGCCAUUGUUCUUUCUUCUGCAACUUGAUGAACUGGAACUGCCUCAUGACCAUGUUGUGUGUUUUGAUCUUACUGUACUAUAAAGUAUAAACAAACAUUGUUGAUAUGGAUAUUACCAAUUUUGAAAGUCCAGGUCCCUAUUCGUCGCCCUAAAAUUUUAAAUUUUAUCGCCCUAAAUUAAAAAUUUUACAAAUGUGCCCCUAGGCUCAUUUUCUAACCUAAACGUCAAAUGAAAAAUGGCACCGGCUAUCCAACACCGGAAGCCGCUGCGACCUUGACGGGGAAGGGGGUCAAAGAAGAAGCAGCUCCUAGUCGUUGGAAAAAGGAACCCACCUCUGUCGUCGCUCACAUCCGUCGCGAUGAGGACAAUUUUGCCGUGAUCGAUCCACCUCCCAUCGGACGAUUUUGCUGUUAAAGAGAAAGAGAGCUCCGGUAGCUUUUUUAUUAUGAAGUACUACUGGCAGAGCUCUCUGAAACGGGAAAGGAUUAAAGGAAGGUAUAAAAG